AUGUGCAGACAGAGUACCAGUGCUCUGCCUGUGCAAGAACCUGCAGCUCUGCUCGAAUGCAGCCUUGGGUGCAAGCCCCCUUUGUCCCCCACAGCCUAUGAGUGCCCCAGCCCCUGCCAUCCCUGCCCUGUUGUGGAACUGCUCCACAGGGCAGGUGGGGCCUGCAUGGGUUCUUGGCAUGUAUACAAGGUGGAUGAGGAGUCCAAAGAGGUCUUCAACAACUUAGUGACCCUCGGCAAGAAGAUAGAUCUGCAAGAGGACAAUUUCAUUGAACUCCUUGCUCUGCAACACAAGGAGCUUACUAAUGAAGACCUGAUGGAAUUGGUGGCCCAGAGUAAGGAUGAAGAGAGACAAGAGGAAGAAGACGUAACUGAAGAACUAAAGAGAUUCAUGACCGAGGAAUUUUCUUUAUUUGAGGAGGCGCUCCGGCUUCAGCAGCGGCCCGUGCCUCCAGGGGCAGCGGACCCGCGGCUGCAGAGCUCCUUGCGCGGGGGCGGGGCGGGGAGACGGCGCCCCGGGGAGGGUCCCCGCCCGCGGGACCACACCCCCGACCCUCCUCCCAGUCGCCUGCGGGGCUCUGUACCCCAGGCCUGGCGUCGCGGGUGCCGAGUGGACUGCUGGCCGGGCGGUGAGUGGGGCCGGGUGGGCGGAGAGCCGGGUCGCGGGCGCCUCGAGGCGAGGCCCGAGGCCGGCGGACGCGGGGGCACGCGGUGUCCUGGGCUGGCUACCCCCCGGCCCGCCGCGCCCCGCGCCGCAUCCCCAGGUAGUUUCCGAAGUUUCGGGGCGCUCGGCGCAUGUCUGCCAGGUGGACGCGUGGGCCUGGCUGGCAGCGAGCCGUCUCCGGUGCUGGGUGAGGGUCGGGGGCCACUUGGAUCUGAAGUCGGCGGUCGUGGCCCCGGGACUGAGGCUGUGUUGGGGGAGAGCGUUCCGGCCGCGGAGAAGCGCGCCCCGGAGAGCUGGCUGCGCUGCCCGGCCGCGCUGCGCACUUUUCCCGCGUCUCCUGCCCCGGAGGCGGCUCCGCUGGCGUCUCUGGCGCUCAGCGCAGCUUUGCGGACCCGGGCCUGGCCGACUCGCAGCAAACAGAAAAAUGGGCACAUGACAAACAGGCAGUUCACAGAAAUGGAGCUGAAAAUGACUUUUAAGUCCCAACAUUUUCCCACCAUCCUCCUCUCUAGUUCAGCUAAUGGCAUCACCAUCAGCUCAGGAUUAAUUAGAAUUCUUCAAAUGUCAGGUCCCCUUUCUCUCCCCCAAAAUAUAGUCCCCACAAGCCCUGAACAACCUGCAGAUGAAAUGGAGAAUCAAAUAAAAUCACCUGAUCCAAGGCCUGGUGCCCCUCCUGAGUACAAUUCCCAUUUUGUACCAGGGCUCCCUGGACCAGCUGUCCCUCCUCCUGCAGGCCACCCAGGAGGCUUGCCUGUGGGAUACUACAGUCCACAUCAGCCCACUACCUUCCCCUUGUACAUGCAAACUGGUGGUAGCCAUCCUAUCCAGUACCAGCCUGGAAAAUAUCCUGCACAACAUUCUGCUCCAAUAGUAUGGAUGCCAAUGCCAACUGUUAUGCCAAACUGUCCUCCAGGUCUGGAAUAUUUAGCCCAGUUGGACAACAUACAUGUUCUUCAGCAUUUUGAACCCCUGGAAAUGAUAACAGGUUUUGAAACAAAUAAUACAUAUGAUAUUAAAAACAACCUGGGCCAGAUGGUUUACUUUGUGACUGAAGACACAGAUGACUACACCAGGAAUGCUUAUCGGACACUGAGGCCCUUUGUGCUCCGGGUCACUGACUGUAUGGGCCGAGAAAUCAUGACAAUGCAGAGACCUUUCAGAUGCACCUGCUGCUGCUUCUGUUGCCCCUCCACCAGGCAAGAGCUGGAGGUGCAGUGUCCUCCUGGUUUCACCAUUGGCUUUGUUGCCGAACACUGGAACCUGUGCAGGGCAGUGUACAGCAUCCAAAACGAGAAGAAAGAAGAUAUGAUGGGAGUGAUUGGGCCAUGCUCAACCUAUGGCUGUGGUUCAGAUUCUGUUUUUGAGGUCAUAUCCCUUGAUGGUGUAUCCAGUAUCGGCAGUAUUACUCGGAAGUGGAAUGGUGUGUUAUCAGCAAUGAGUGAUGCUGACCACUUUGAAAUUCACUUCCCAUUAGACCUGGAUGUGACAAUGAAAGCCAUGAUUUUUGGAGCUUGCUUCCUCAUUGACUUCAUGUAUUUUGAAAGCUCUCCACCACAACGAUCAUCCACUCAUAAUUGA